CUCCCGAUGUUGGGCCUCCAAAGCCCACGUGGUCGAGAGGGUCGCCGUUGCCAUUCUCGAAUCUUCCCCGCCCUCUUCGUAGCAUAUUUACGGCCGCCGUUCUCCUCAUUCCCUGUCCGUCCUCGUCCCCUUUGUUAUUGUUCUUUCGUCGUCUUCAUCCUCCGAUCGAACAACGAUGUCGGCUUACUUCGGGUGUUUUGCACCUUUAUGCCGUAGCUGAGGUGUCAGCAUGGCAUGGCUCGUCCCGAGUGCGCAAGAUCACCAGCAUGAUCUCUGAGCUGGAGCGUAUUGACUUGAAGUCGAUCGAAAGGCCGUGACCCAGGUUCGUCGGGUUGCAGGUUGAAGAUCACUCCUUUUGUCGUUCAUCGGGUUCCUGCAUACAGGUCGGUGUCGGAAAGGGACUUCUCGACCCGAUCCCUUCGAUGCUUAAGCUAGCAAGAGUUGGAGAGGGAGAUUUGGAACGUGCGUGUGUGCCAGGUCCUCCCCCAGCAUUGUUCCUGAGGGUAGCUUUUAUACUUGUUCCUACGUGCGAUUGUAGUAGCCUUAAUGAUCCUUGGUCGUCAUCGUACGCGGGUAUUUAAUACCCGUUGACGUCGCGGGUGGUUGGCCCAUAUGUGGGGUGCAAGCGUCGUCUGGUCUACUCAAUGUAGUCUCGUUCGGUGCUGCUUCCUGCCUUUUGUGUGGCCCGAUACAUGGUCGCGUCACCCCAUAUAGCCUGGAGCGAAGUGGGUGCAAAGGGAUGGCAUCAAACGACUGACUAGCCUCGGGCUCAUGAUGUUGAGUAGGCUCUGCCCGACACGUUGGCUUAGGGACAUCAUGCUAAGUCUUCAUGCCGUGGUUGAAAUAUGUUAUAUCAUUCUCUCCCCCCUAAAGGAGUUAUGCCACAGGAGAAUCGUGGGGCACAAGUUGGGGCUUCUGUGGGUCGGGUCCUCAGUCCCAUCGACUGGGUGGAUUACCUCGUCGCAAGUUUGGUCUUCGGCAAGGAUUGGCUGAGGCAUGGUCAGGUGGGCCGGGCAAGGUGUGCUCGGUAGGGAUGGCUGAUACAGGGUUGGCGAAGGCUAGCUGGGGCGUGGUUUUUUUGUGAUCAACUAUUUGCAAGGCGGAUGGUGUCCCUUCGUUGGGGUGUCUGCUUGUUUUGAUUUGGGGCGGUGGAUCGUUUGAUGUAGGAUUGGUUUGAUUGCUCUUGAGCGGGAUAAUGUAUUUGUUGGGGAGUUGGGUUCGAUCGCGUUGAAGCAAAUGAAUGGUCCUGUUGGGAAGUUCGGCUCGACCACAUUGAAGCAGGAGAAUGCACCUGCCGUGAGGUCUAUUCAACCGCGUGGAAGCGGGAGAAUGCACCUGCCAUAAGGUUUGUUCGAUCAAGUGGAAGCGGAAGAAUGCACCUGUCGUGGGGUUUGGCUUGCUCGUGUUUGAAGCGGAAGAAGGGACCUGCUACGAGGUUUGCUUGAUCGUGUUGAGUCGAUGGACUGGCCGAGGCGUAGUCGACAAGGGCUGGUUGAAAUUUAGUCGGCAAGGGUUGGUCGAAACUUAGUCGCAAGGGCUGGCCGAAACUUAGUCGGCGAGUGCUUGUCGAAACUUGGUUGGCAAGAAUUAGUCGAGGCUUAGUCGACGAGGGCUGGUCGAGACUUAGUCGGCAUGGAUUGGCCAAGGCUUAGUCGGCAAGAGCUAGUCUAGGCUUAGUCAGCGAGGACUGGUUGAGGCUCAGUCGGUGAGGACUGGUCACAGUCGGCGAGGAUUGACUGAGACUUAGUCGACAAGGACUGGUUGAGGCUUAGUUGGCGAGGGCUGAUCGAGACUUAGUUAGCAAGGAUUGGUCGAGGCUUAGUCAGCUAGGAUUGGUCGAGACUGGUCGAGACUUAGUCGGCCGGGACUGGCCGAGGCUUAGUCGGCAAGGAUUGGCUGAGUCGAGUUGGCAAGGCAUCUGUAUACGGGAAGCUUCAUCUUCAUGCGGGAAGUUAAAUCUGUGGCAGCUGCUGGCGUGCCCUGACUCUUUUUGAUGUGGCAUCUUCGUCCUCAUGAUGAGAAUGCUGCGUCGUUGCCCGUUGAGAGGCCAGUUCUGUGGGCAUAAUGUUUGAAUAGUCGCGUCGAUUCGUGAGUCCGCGUCUGUUUUUAUAAGCUUUGGCUGCAGAGCUUAGCGGACUCUGUCUUCGAUUUGGUUUCUCCCAUCUGGCGCUUGGGAUGUUCUUGGGUCCUUCUGGUACUUUUUGUCUCAAUUUUCUCCAUUGCUCGGCUGUUCCAUCUAGUCUAGUCCCAGGAUGUCUUCUUCCUCAAACUAGACGGUGACCUCUCCCAUGGGGAUGCCUUCUUCUGAUGACCUCCUUCCUAUUGCCUUUCGUCGGACCUCCAAGUGUCGGCGGGGGGCGAAGAAGUCAGCCACUUCCUUGCGGAACGUGGUCGACGUGAGCUCCUCUUCGGGGAGCCAACCCUUCAAUGCUCCUUCGAUCUCUCAGGACUUCGGGGAGACCCAUGAUUGCGGUUUCGUGGUAACCUCUUGACAAUUGGAGGAGACCCACGAUUGCGGUUCUAUGGUAACCUCCUGGCAACUGGAGGAGCUAUAGGACCGCUUCCAGGUCCCACCAGAGAUUAUCCUCGCUGUGCCCAGGUCCAUCAAUUCUGCCGGGGGUUUUGCCUCUCCUUGGAUGCUUUAGAGGCGGCCUCGCGUCUCCCCCUUUCUCCCAUGGUGGUUGCCUGCUUGGGGUAUUGGUGGAUUUCGCGGUCUCAAAUGGCGCCCAACUCUUAUCGUUUCGUGAGGGCUUUCCUCGGGGCCUGUGACCGCACGGGGAUGGCGUUGUUUUGCGAGCUGUUCUGCUCGUGCUUUCGGUUGAGCCGAGGAUCGAGUAGCUACUACCUGUCUCAUAGUGCGGGAUUCAUAAUCAGCGGGGCGAGCUCUUGUGCAAAGGGGUGGAGGGGUCAAUACUUCGUUGUCGAUGGUGAUGGCGACUGGGGCUUCCUUGUAGCGUGGGGGGCGCAUAUCGUUGAUAAUGCACUGCCCUCCCUAUAUGUGGUGGAGGCCAAGAGUCUGGAGAAAAUACGAGGGCUUUUUGCCUCGGGGGCCAUAGAGCGAUAGGAGGUUGUUUGAUGGAGGUCGCCUCUUCACCGGCUUCAUAUGGGUGGACCUCCGGGUGAUGAAGAGACCGUGCCUUUUGAAUCCUACCUCUGGACUCGGCGAGGGGAUGUCAGCGGGCAAGCAGCCAGCAUGGGCUCGAGGUUCCCCCCACGACCCCUCCAUCAAAGCCUCCGGGGGUCCUCCUAGAGCAAAGCCGAAUCCUUUGGUUAAAAUUCCACUUUCUCUAGCGUCCUCUGCUAGGGAUCUUGAUCCCGCGGUUGUAUGGGAUCGCGAUCCUGUGGUUAGGGCUUUCUUGAGGCCCUUGUCUGAUCUGGCCCCUGAGCCUCCGGAAGAAAUUGUUGCUAGGCCGGCGCCGUCCUCCUUUCUGGUUGUUGAUGUUGCAACGUUUGGGAUCAUGGCUCCAAGCAUGGAGCUGCCUACCGAAGAGGGCCCUCCUCGGGACUUGACUCAUCGGACCCAUCUCUGGGUCAACGAGUGGCGAUGCUUUCACGAGACGAGGCUGCGGCCGAGCCUCUAAGUCUCUAGGAGGAAGCUGCCCCUGAAGGCCUUUCGGUGAUCCCUCCCUCCCUUUCAUCCAGGGAGGCUUGUGUCAAUCUGGAGUCUGCUGCCCGCCCAUUCGUUGCCUCUGCUUCCUGGGGCUGGUCCACGUCUCCUAGUGUUUCGCUAAAGCCUCGCUGGGAGGGGCUCACCAAAGACCAGUGGCUUUGGGAGGAGGCUGGAGCGGUAGCCUCCUAUUGUUGAGGGUUGCUGAGCCUGGCAUUGGCUAGGCUAGUGUAUCGUUGCUCGACGGAGGGGUUGGCGGAUCUUUGCUUCCGCCAUGAAGUCCUGUCGUCGACCCCUUACGGGACGCAGGGGUGCUGAUCAGCCAGUUCUCAUGAGCCAACGUUGCAUUGCGAGCCUAGUCAGAGCGGGCAAAAGAGGAGAAGGUGAUAAUGUUCCAUUCAUUUUAAUGGCUUCUACUUUUAGCACCAUGUCCACAAUAGGCUCUUUGGGUGUUGCUACUUGUCUUCAUGCCGACAAGACUUCUGUUGAAAAGUUCUCCAAGUUCUCUUCACUUGCUUCCAUAUCUUCUGGUUCAACAAGCAGCAGAAGGCAGAACUUGCUAAUGCAGAAGAGGUGCAAUUCUAGGAUCAGAGCUAUGGCAAAGAGUUGUACUUUAACAAGGAUGGCUCUGCCAUUAAGAAGCUACAGACUAUAUAAUGCAGUGGUUAUGAAAUUGUAAUGACUUGAGUCAUUUGGACUUUUGAGUGUAUGGCCACCCACUUCAAUCUGCUUUGGGUUAUUAUGAUGCUAUAUAAUUCCCUCAAGUUGUUCAUUGAGUUGAGAUAGAUCAGGAUGAAGCUGAGGGUGGUAUGUAGGAAACUAUAUGAUUAUGUUUGCUAUGAUCUAAAGGAAAUUGCUUUUCCUUCCUCUCUGCCUGAUCCCCCACGUAUCAAGAAACGAAGGAAACUCACAUGGAGAGAGUGAUGGUGUGUCUUGAAGGAAGCAUCAAGACUUUAUGCUGCUAGCUGGGUGCGGGAUAUUGGUCCCGAUCUUAGACCGAAUGACUAUAAAAAGGUCACAAAUGACGAUGGUGGAAGUCAUCAAGAUAAGACUACAUCUGAAAGAAGAGAACCAUCAACAUUGGAAGAUCUUGCAGUGGCAGCUCGAGGUGGAAUGGAGACAUUAAGGCCUGCUUUGCAGCGUGUGUAUAUGAUGCGUGCCUCAACAUACAGAGAUACACUAAAAAGCUUUAUUCAAGGGUACCAUGAAGGGAUAAAGCAAGUCAUGGAAGGGAAGAAAGGUGAAAAGUCUCAGGCGCAAGAGAACAAUGCAAAGAAGUCCAAUUGAUAUCUUGUCACCAAGAAAGUUUGUUAGGUAUUCACCGGCUGGUGCCCAGUCGAAAUUUUGUAAACAUCAUAUAGAUUAAUUCUUUUAAUUCUAUCGAUGAUAUUAUCUUUUUUA